UCAAUUAUUUAAUCCAAACCCCCUAUCGUCUUUCAGAGUCUGUCCUAGAUUCUCCUCGUUCAAGUCUGCAGCUCGGGAGAAGACACCAGCGAACAGAAUGUCAAAGGAGGUCCCACGCGAGCCGGAGCAGCUCAGAAAGCUCUUCAUUGGGGGCCUGAGCUUUGAAACGACAGACGAAAGCCUGCGAGCUCACUUCGAGCAAUGGGGAACGCUCACAGAUUGUGUGGUCAUGAGGGAUUCUCAGACCAAACGGUCGCGUGGUUUUGGGUUCGUAACCUACUCAAGCGUCAAGGAGGUCGAUGAGGCCAUGACGGCGAGGCCGCACAAAGUCGACGGAAGGCUAGUGGAGCCCAAGCGUGCAGUGUCAAGAGAAGAUUCAAACAGACCUGGCGCUCACAUCACAGUGAAGAAAAUCUUUGUCGGUGGCAUCAAGGAAGAUACAGAUGAGGGCCACCUGCGCGACUACUUUGAACAGUUCGGCAAAAUCGACGCCAUUGACAUCAUGGUAGAUCACAAGACCGGCAACAAGAGGGGCUUUGCCUUUGUUACGUUUGACGACCAUGAUGCAGUCGACCGCAUCGUUAUCCAGAAAUACCACACAGUUAACAGCCACAAUUGCGAGGUGAGGAAGGCCCUCUCGAAACAGGAGAUGCAGAGCUCUGGAAGGGGAGGUGGUGGCGGCAACUUUGGCAGAGGUGGCGGUUACGGCAACGACUUUGGAGGGGGCCGUGAUGGUUACUUUGGAGGAGGAGGCCGUGGUGGACGCGGUGGCGGCGGUGGAUAUGGUGGUGGAGAUGGCUAUAACAACGGUUAUGGAGGUGACGGUGGCUAUGGCGGCGGCCCUGGUGGUGGUGGCGGAGGCUAUGGAGGUGGUAACCGUGGAUACGGAGGUGGCGGUGGAGGCGGCGGAGGCUAUGGCAACCAGGGUGGCGGAUACGGAGGAAACGGCUACAGUGAUGGCUACAACGGCAAUGGCGGCGGCAACUAUGGUGGUGACACCGAUGUCUUUAAAAAAAAUCUAGGCAACUUUGGAGGUGGUGGAGGUGGAAGUGGCGGUGGAAACUACAAUGACUUCGGCAACUACAACAACCAGGCCUCCAACUAUGGCCCAAUGAAGGGCGGCAGCUUCGGAGGUGGUGGAGGUGGCGGCGGCGGCAGGAGUGGUGGCCCCUAUGGUGGUGGCUACGGAGGCGGAUCUGGAGGUGGCGGCGGCGGCUACGGUGGUGGCUCUGGAGGACGACGUUACUAGACAUUUGGACAGGACUCAGUACUUAGGAAGGAGAGUGGAGAACAGGAGAAGAGACAGGAGGAGAACAGGAGAGAUGACAGGGCAGCUGCAGGUUUACUUCUGCUAGAUCUGCUCAGCCUAACAGUUGUGGCAGGUUACCGCUGCCACACAAGAAGAAAUGUGUAAUAGUGCAAGAAUCAUGUGUGAGGCUUCAUCAAUUGUUUUUGUCAUGCAGGAUUAUUUUAUGUCAUUUAUGGAUAAGCAUUCCAACAAGGUUUUUACAUGUAGAUUACUUUUAAGUCGGUCCCAUCUUUAUUUUUAUGUAAAUGCACCCAAUCAAGUUUAAAUAAACUUGUUUCCUUUUUUAAAAACCGA